CGGAGAGGCUCACACAGAGGUGGCGAGGCUGUUGUGAGCAGACGCUGGGUCAGAGCCGCUCAGUUGCUUCAGACAAUCACAGGGCAGAAAGAGAGAGAAAGCGAGAGAGAGAGACACAGGAAAAGAGGCAUUCGCAAAGAGAGAGACAGAGCACCACACAGAAAGAAAGGGAGGGAGGUAAAUAUGUGACAGGAUGUGGUUUCCCUUAAGCUUGCAGAACAUACUUUGAGUAUGACCUAAACACACCCAGCGUACAAGUGUGUUUGAGCUCCGUUAGGUGAAAGGAGAAGCGAGGCGAACCGCUGGAGCUGCUGCUGCUGCUGCUGCUGAGCUGACAGACUUGUUUCUCCGCUGCCUGCCUGCCUGCCUGCCUGCCUGCUGGGGGAUUGUGUUUCCCUGCUCCUCGGCAACCUCAGUCAGCUCAUCGGACGGGAUCUGCGCCGGUCCUCCAUCCUCUCAUCAACCUUUAAGUGGAAUGCCAUUUCCUUCACCAAGCCCUGGUCCAUGCAGUGAACUUUUCGACUAGAUUGCAAAACAGGGCCCGUACGCCGACUGACCCCUAGACCGCGACGCCAUGGGCUGUGGGCUGAGGAAGCUGAAGCCGGCUUCGGAGGAGAGCAGUCCGGGCAAGAUCUACUCCACCCUGAAGAGGCCGCAGGUGGAGACCAAGACGGGCGUGGCCUACACCUACCGCUACCUGGACUUCUUGAUCGGGAAAGAUGGUGGAACCUCGACGCUGCACCUCUCAUCCGUGCGACAGCUGCCCGGUCAUCUGCAGGAGCUCUACCAGCAGGGCUUCGUCCUGGCGGCCAUUCAUCCGUUCAUCCACCCCUGCGGACCAGAGUCCAACAGCCUGCAGCACCAGCUCUACAGGGCCAUCCUGGUCCGUCUCAAUGACGGGGUGGAAAGGAGCCCGACGGUGACCCCGCCGCACAAGCUGCAGCUGGAAGAGUGUCUGUCUGCAGGGCAGGUGCCCACGCCGGAGCUCAUCCAGGGAUACGUCAAAAAGCAGAUCCAAGAUGCCGCUGACCAGGGUGUGGUGUUUGUCGGAUUCGUCCAGGAACCUUUUGGGGCCCCGUGCACCCGGAUCAGAGAACCAGAAACCCCUUCCCUGUCCCUGCACUCCAGCCCCAGUUCUGUGCUCGGAUCUCUGAGCAGCUGCAGCCCCUCCAACCCCUCGAGCCCCAGGAACCACGCAGAGCCCCAAGCUCAGGCUGAGACGGUGGGCAAAGAGGGCAACGAGGAAACCUCAAGCCCGAAGAAGCAUCAACCUGAGAACAACGGCGAGAACCACUCGGGUGAUGUUCCUGCCGCAUCUCCGUCGUCGGAAGGGAAUCUGGAGCAGCUGACGGAGGAGGACUCGUCCUGUCACAACAACAACAAGGACGGCGGUGCGGAGACAAAGGAGAGGCCGAGAUACCGGCUGCGGAGAGAUGAUGGGGUGGAGCUGCUGGCCCUGUUUAACCACCCGCCGGUCCGGGAGAGCCAGGCCAAGUACUACACCGUCAAGGUGCCGCUGCGCGUUCAGAACUGCGAGGACGGCAUCAAGGGGGUGGAGGCCAACUGGUUGGAUCACAUGACCCAGCACUUCAACAACGGAGCCUCGCUGGUGGACGGAUACUUCCACCUGGGCAACGUGAACGAUGUGCUUCCCAAGACGGUGGAAAGCGUCUUCAUCUUCCAGGAGGCAAGUGAGGCUGAGCCGAACGUUCCCACACCCACGUACGACGCCAUCGUGGUGGAGCAGUGGACCGUCAUUGAUGGUCUGCAGGUGAAAGCUGAUUAUAUCCCUUUGCUCCAGUCCUUGGCCACCUAUGGAUGGAGACUCACCUGUGUGUUGCCGACUCCAAUGAUCAAGACUAACAGCGACGGCGGUUUGUCCACAAAGCAGGUUGUUUUCCUGCAGAGACCCGUCUUGGGCCGAAGGAGGAGGGAAUCCAAGAAAUCAAUCUUCAAGCCCCGAGGAAAGUCUAACAAAAACUUCAUCAAAGAAUCCGCAAAGAACAAGAAGAAAAAGACAAAAACUGAGAAGGAUGCCGAAGAUCCCAAGAUUUGUGAUGACAGAGAAAAGGUUGAGAAGGAAGAUGAGAAGGAAGAUGAGAAGGGUGUGGCUGACAGCGGGGAGACAGCAAGUGAAAAUAAAGAUGAAGAAGGAGAUGCCGGGUGCGAGGACGAUGGAAAGAUUGAUGAUGGGAUUGAAAUCAGCAUAGAGAAUGUCACAAAGAAAGAUGGAGCCCCAGAGAUGGAAGAUGAAGGAGCAGAAAAGGGCACUGACGGAGGAGAGGAGGAGAAGGCUGCGCCGGUUGUGGAGGGAUCAGAAGAAAACGGACAGUCUUUGGAGAAUGGAGAUGUCAAGGAAGCGACUGAAACCGUGGCGACCGUGGAAACGCAGAGCGAGACCAAAGACGAGGACCCGAAGGGCCCGGAGGGCGUCGCAGAAGCUGAAGGUGUGAUGGAAAACGGAAUAGAGACAGAUGGCAAAACAGAAGAACCGGUGGAGAUGGAGGUUAUCGCCAAGGAGACCGCCGACGAUCCGCAGUGCACAGAUCAGAACCCAGUGGAGGCUUAAGAGUAGCGCCCAGCAGUUUAUGUCAAGGUUUACCCCCCCGCCCCCCCGCCGCUGACACCCCCGUCCUGGGAGCUGGUUCCCAGUG